UAUUAUUAUUAUUAUUAUCACCUCACCGCUUCCCCGUUAUAAUUUAACCCUUCGAAACUCCCAUUACUUCUCUUUUCAUAUCAUCUCUGUUCAUUUUUCCGCUUCCGCUGUUUCCGCUUCUCUUCAAUUCCAAAGUCAUCUGAAUCUGGUUCAUUCUUUUUUUAUCCUCCUGCGAGAAAGUAGAUCUUCACGGGGUUUUGAAUUCUCCUUGUAUCCAUCAAUAUUACCUGGAGAAUUGAAUGAAAUAUGGAGUCUAAGGGAGGGAAGAAGAAGUCUAGUAGUAGUAAAUCCUUAUUCUACGAAGCUCCCCUCAUUUACAGCAUUGAAGACGUUCGACCGCGUGGUGGAAUUAAGAAAUUCAGAUCUGCUGCCUACUCCAACUGUGCUCGGAGACCAGAAAUGGCCUCACCAAUCUCGGUUAUUGGAUUCGAAGGUUAUGAGAAAAGACUGGAGAUUUCGUUCUCUGAGCCUGGAAUCUUUGCUGAUCCUGGGGCUCAUGGUCUCCGAUCUCUUUCAAAAGACCAGUUGGAUGAAAUACUGGAGCCAGCACAAUGCACCAUUGUCUCCUCAUUAAAGAACACAGAAGUUGAUUCCUAUGUCCUCUCCGAGUCUAGCCUCUUUGUGUACCCAUACAAGAUAAUAUUGAAAACUUGCGGAACUACUAAACUGCUGCUCUCAGUCCCACCUAUCCUUAACUUGGCUGAUGCACUUGGACUCACUGUGAGCUCUGUUAAAUACACUCGUGGAACUUUCAUAUUCCCAGGUGCUCAGCCAUUUCCACAUCGACACUUUAGUGAUGAAGUGGCUGUUCUUGAUAGCUAUUUUAGCAAACGUGGCCUGAGCAGCAAGGCCUGUGUGAUAGGUGGUGCUGAUCAACAUGAGAAAUGGCACGUUUACUCUGCUUGUGCUCAACCAGCCCACAAUAUGGCUCCUGUUUAUACCUUAGAGGUGUGCAUGACAAACUUGGACCGAGAGAAGGCUUCCGUGUUUUUCAAGAACCGUUCAAGCUCUGCGGCUGUCAUGACGCAAGUUUCUGGCAUCAGGAAAAUUCUUCCACGGUCUGAGAUAUGUGAUUUUGAUUUUGAUCCCUGUGGCUACUCCAUGAAUGCUAUAGAAGGAAGUGCAAUCUCGACAAUUCACUUGACACCAGAGGAUGGAUUCAGCUAUGCAAGUUUUGAAGCUAGUGGUUAUGAUUUCCGAGCACUGGAUCUUACCCGGGUGGUCGAGAAGGUGUUGGCGUGCUUUCGGCCAGCAAAGUUUUCUGUAGCUUUGCACACCUGUGUUGGUGAGAAACAGUUCAAUUCGAAAUUCAGUUUGGAUAUAAAGGGAUACUUCUGCAGGGAAAGGAGCUACGACACACUCGCAAAGGGAGGAUCGAUUAUCUACAGCAGCUUCUCCAGCACUUGCAGCUUACCCAGAUCGAUUCUCGAAUCCAGGUGGAGUGAGGAUGAGGAUGAGGAAGUUGGGAAGAAAGAGUAUCUUAUUGAUGAUAUGGAUUCCGUGACUGCGUUAUCUUUACUACGUAUGAGUAGCAUGGUUAAGCCUCGGUUUCACUCUAGGCUUUAGGAAGCGACAUCAUGUUUUAUGGCGUUGGCGCUUGCAUAUAUUUCCCCUUACUAGUUUUGAUGUCAUUGUUGGAUCUAUUAAGUUUUAUAAGCUUACAGACUUGCAGUCGUUUUUCUUAA